GGAUUUCAUUUGCGGAGUUAUCAGUUGGAAGGUGUCAACUGGCUUCUGUUCAAUUGGUGGAACAAGCGCUCGUGCAUACUGGCUGACGAAAUGGGGUUGGGGAAAACAAUUCAGUCAGCGGCCUUUCUAAGAGGGCUUCAAUCAUUGCCGGCAACACAAGUACAGGGUCCCUUCCUGAUUGUGGCGCCGCUGUCUCUGGUAAAUCAGUGGCAGUCCGAGUUGCGUUCUUGGGCACCGGAUAUGAACGUUGUUUUGUACCACGGUUCGGCGGACGCUCGAGACUUUUUAGUGCAGCAAGAGUUCUACUAUACGGAUCAGUUUGUACCCAAGCCCACAGCGGUCAAAUUGAAGAAGCUGAACGUUACCAAGUUCAGCGUUCUCAUCACCACCUACGAAGUCGCACUUAAAGACGUGGCCGUAAUUUCAAAAAUUCGGUGGCGGGUAUUGAUUGUCGAUGAAGCGCACCGACUCAAGAAUUCGAAAGCACGACUGUUUGAAGAGUUGGCAAUGGUGCCUCGAGAGCAUUGCGUUCUGCUAACGGGCACACCGAUCGCGAACGCCACCGAAGAGUUGUGGGCACUUUUGCACUUUGCAAACCCGUCCGUCUUUGACGACAAGGACUCCUUCCUGGAGAAGUUUGGGGAGAUGACGGAUGCGGCUCAAGUAAACGAGCUGCACAAUUUGCUCAAGCCGUAUCUUCUUCGUCGCGUCAAAGAGGAUGUUGAAAAGUCUUUGCCUCCGAAAGAAGAAACAAUCUUGGAGGUAUCGUUGACCCCCAUUCAGAAGACUUUCUACAAGGCUAUUUACGAGCGCAACACUUCCUUCCUUUUCAAGGGAACGAAGCCCAGUAAUGCACCCAGUCUCAUGAAUGUUAUGAUGGAGCUACGAAAGUGUUGCAAUCACCCUUACCUUGUGAAGGGCGCCGAGGAUAGAAUUUUGAACGAAGCUGCCGCAAAACAGCUGGUCAAGUCAUCGGGUAAGAUGGUGUUAAUGGAAAAGCUCCUCCAAAAGCUUUUUGAUGGCGGUCACAAAGUUCUGGUCUUCAGCCAGAUGGUCCGCGUAUUGGACUUACUUGAAGAGCUUCUUAAACUGAAAAGGUACAAAUACGAACGGUUGGACGGCUCCACGACAUCUUCUGCACGUCUUUCUGCGGUGGAUCGCUUCAAUCGGAAAUCGUGCCAGCGUUUUGUUAUGCUGUUAAGUACAAGGGCCGGUGGACUUGGGUUGAACCUGACAGCUGCCGAUAUUGUUAUCAUUUUCGAUAGCGACUGGAAUCCUCAAAACGACUUGCAAGCCAUGGCUCGCGCUCACCGAAUUGGGCAAACGAGGGCCGUCCGCGUUUAUCGGCUUUUGACAGCUAAAACGUACGAGAUGCAUAUGUUUCACAGUGCAAGCUUAAAGCUCGGUCUAGAACGAGCCGUUCUCUCGCAAAAUCGU